GCGCAGCCGUGGCUGAACCUAUGGGAGCUCGGGGAAAAGAAGUUCGCGUCACGUGAUCGGCCGGCUCGGGGUCCCUGCGCCGCGGAGGGCAAUGGAGGCGGAAGAGGAGUUGUCCGUGCGGGGGCUGGAGAAGCUGCCCGCGGAGCUCGGGCCCAAGCUUCUUCACAAAGUCAUUGAUGGCAUUUGUGGCCGUGCUUUUCCUCAGUUUAAGGAUUAUGACAGUAUUUGGAAUUCAACAGAGUGGAUUAAUGUCUUGGAAGAUCUUUCCAAGUUUUUCAAAACUGUCAUUGGUAAAAAUAAAGAUUUUGAAAAGGUCAUUAAGCAAUUGAAUCACUUAAGCUCAGAUCAUCAGAAGACAAUCAUGAAGUGUUUGAAAAGCCGGAAGGAUGAACUUAGGAAAGCUCUCUUAGGAGAAGUAAUUGCCAUUUCCUCUGCUCAGUUACAGGAUUUUGAUUGGCAGUUAAAGCUUGUUCUCUCUAGUGAUAAGAUUGCCACACUGCAAGUGCCACUUGUGAACCUUGAUCUAGAUGUAAAGGAAAAUGGUGACAUGAAACAGUAUUCUGUUGAAAUGAAUAAAGAAGAACUGCAGAAUUUAAUAAAUUCAUUGGAAGCAGCUAAUAAGGUCAUCUUGCAAUUGAAGUGAUUGGAAAUCAUGGCUAUCCAAGACGUCAGCCUCUUACUACUGCAACUGAGGCGGGAGCAAGAAUAGAGUAUGCUCAGAGAUCCGGGGAAGAUACCGAUGCAGUGUGCUGAGCUGAACAAGCAAUCUGAGAUCAGAAACGUGAAAGUGUUUACUUGGUUAGGAAAAGCUACUGUGGUUGGUCUGAAAAGCAUAAAAAAAGUAAAUAUGAAAAAUCA